AUGACUGUUCCGGCGUUUGAGACUACUUUUGCAGUGCCCAUGACAUGCGAGGCCUGCAUCAAAGACAUCGAAGGUUCUCUAAGCAACUUGAGUGGUAUCAACAAGAUCACUGCCAACCUUAAGGAGCAACUGGUGUCUGUUGAAGGUACAGCAGCACCCUCGGCAAUUGUUGAUGCUCUGCAAGCAAGUGGCCGAGACGCCAUUCUCCGUGGUUCCGGAAAGUCGAACAGCGCUGCGGUCUGCAUCCUGGAGUCGCACGCCUCUCAUGUGGAGAACAAAGUACGCGGAUUGGUCCGCAUGGUUGAGGUAGCACCAAGUAUGACCAUUGUUGAUCUGAGUAUUCGAGGACUAUCGCCAGGAACUUAUCACGCCACCGUUCGCGAAGCCGGAGACAUCUCGCAAGGUCCAGAGUCGACGGGUGGCAUUUGGGAAGCGCUAAAGGCCAAGAAGGAAGGCAAGCCAUGUCGAGGGAUCUUUGGUACUGUCGAGGUAGGGAAGGGCGGUGUCGGUUCUGUCUUCCUCGAUCGCCCAAUUCAGAUUUGGGAGAUGAUUGGGAGAAGCAUUGUUGUUGCGAAGCAGCAAGAUGGAAAGUUUGACAAGAACGACCCGGACACCCUAGUCGGCGUCAUCGCGCGGAGCGCUGGUGUCUGGGACAACGACAAGACGGUAUGUUCGUGUUCAGGGAAGACGGUGUGGCAAGAGAGGGAGGAGCAGCGCGAUCGUGGCAUGUUGUAG